GCAAUCCGUCAAAGUCAAAAAUCGUCUGACGUGUUUAAUUUUCUAAUUUCCCAAUACUUUUGAAAACGUUUGCAAAACAAUUAUUGCUGCGUUUGUUUUAUCAAUACAUCGAUUCGAUAAGCCAUUAUCGCAUAUGUCCACGUAGCGUGUCUACAUAAACAGAUUAAAAAUGCUACGCGUAUUAUUUUUCGCUGCUAUACUGCAGUGCACGAUAUCACAGCAGUACCAGCAGAAAGUAGCGCCAGGUGUACCACCGCAGAAUUAUCAGAAUUAUCAACAGCCACCUCCUCCGCCACCACCGCAGCACCAACCACCACCACAACAACAACAACAAUACCAACAACAACAGUACCAGCCCCCACCACAACAGUACCAGCCGCCGCCACAACAACAGGUGCCCGUACAACAAGUGCCUGUACAACAAGUACCUGUACAACAGCAUGGACAUGCUCAUCAUGGAGAUCCUCAACUGUUGAAUACGGCGAACAUUGCUCAAGAACGAGAACAUAUUCAGGAGCACAUGGACGUGCCUAUAGACACAUCUAAGAUGUCAGAACAGGAGCUCCAGUUCCACUACUUCAAGAUGCACGACGCCGACAACAACAACAAACUGGACGGGUGCGAGCUGAUCAAAUCACUCAUACAUUGGCACGAGCAAGGCCACAAGCAAGCCCCCCAAGCCCCCAACCCCCCAGUCGGAGAGAAGAUAUUCGGCGACGACGAACUAAUAAACCUAAUAGAUCCCAUAUUGAAUAUGGAUGAUCACAACAAAGAUGGUUACAUAGACUAUCCAGAAUUUAUUAGGGCACAACAAAAGAGUCAGAACAAAGAUGGCAGAACGUAGGACAUUCCGUAGCCUUAGUUUUUGAUAUGAACUUUUUUAUUGACGAUUUGAAAAUAGAACAGUGUUGUUGGAAUAAAGUGCGGUUCACGAAAGAAAUAAUUUUAUGAAAACAAAAUAAGUAUUCUUAAUUCAAAAUUUCACUAAUAGUAAUAUUUUAAAAAAGGAUUAUUUACGUUCUUUUUCUUUUUUUCUUUGGCAAAUUUUCGUUGUUAUUAUAAGAAGUUUAUUUUUUUAUGGUCUUAUACUUUUUAAAUGUCAUUGGUUUUAGACAUAUGCAGUAUGAUUAAACUAUUGUUUAAUAACACUGUUCUAAUUUUAAACUAUGACAAUUAUACGCAACGUUAUAAAGC